CACUGGAGGAGGAGCUUGUAGCUCUCCAGCUCUGGCUUGUACAGUUCACAGAGAAGCCAAGGGACACCGGGACACCGUUAUUUUAGGACUGUAACCUGUUCAGAGAGACACCUGCCACUGCUCUCCCUGGUUUUCUAUAAUUGUGUGGAUGAUGAAGGAAGAAGAAUGCAGCCCCUUGCUGUCUCAGGACACCGCUGGCCGAGAGCACCCACUCACCAGGAAUAGUCCACCUACCGCAAAUAUUCCACGUCCAGCACCCUGGGAGAAUCAGAAAGGGUCCUGGGACUGCAGGUGCUGUCCUGGAGCAAAGCGCCAGGCCUGGAGGGAAGGCCAGGCCUCCUCCCUCCCACUUUCCACAGGGAGCAACUGUGUCAAGUAUCUGAUUUUCCUCUCUAACUUCCUCUUCUCCUUGCCGUCUCUGCUGGCCCUAGCUGCAGGGCUCUGGGGCCUGACUGUUAAAAGGUCUCAGGGGAUUGGCUGGGGUGGACCCGUGCCGACAGACCCUAUGCUGAUGCUGGUGCUGGGAGGCCUGGUGGUCAGCGUGGUGAGCCUGUCUGGAUGUCUAGGUGCUUUCUGUGAGAACAGCUGCCUGUUGCACUGGUACUGUGGGGCUGUCCUCUUUUGUCUGGCACUGGAAGCCCUGGCAGGGGUUCUCAUGGUAACCUUCUGGAAGCCACUGCAGGAUAGCCUGAAGUAUACACUUCAUGCAGCCAUCAUUCACUACUGGGAUGACCCAGACCUGCACUUCCUCCUCGACCAAGUCCAGCUGGGGCUGCAAUGCUGUGGGGCAGUAUCCUACCAGGACUGGCAACAGAACCUGUACUUUAACUGCAGCUCUCCCGGGGUGCAAGCCUGCAGCCUUCCAGCAUCCUGCUGCAUCAACCCCCAGGAAGACGGAGCUGUAGUGAAUACCCAAUGUGGUUUCGGAGCACUGCACCUGGACCAGAAUGUGGCUGGACAAGUAGUAUUCCUGCAGGGCUGCUGGCCUGCGCUGCAAGAAUGGCUGCGGGGGAAUACUGGUGCCAUAGGUGACUGUGCUGUGGCCGUUGUCAUGAUCCAAGGGACUGAACUCCUGUUGGCUGCCUGCCUGCUAAGGGCCCUGGCUGUCCACAAGGCAGCAGAGGACAUAGAACCAGGCCCCGUGUGAGCUGCUAGCACUACCCUCCCCAGCGAACAGAUCUGAGAAGACUGCACUGCAGAGUUCCAAGCUUCUCCUCACCAUCCAGGGAAGGUGACAGGGCUUCCUCUCCUGGCCCUGGCUUCUUUGCUACAUCUGAUAUCAGUCCCCAUGACUCGCCUAGACAGCCUUUGUGCUGCUCCAAUCUCACAAUUUCACUCCUGACUCCUCAGGACCCAGCUAAGCCCAUGGCUGUCUUUUGCAAAGGCCACCCUGGCAGUCUGUGUCGCACAUACCUGCCUUGUGUCCCGCUACAUGGCAGGAGCAGCCAGGGCUGGGGUCUUCUGGUUCCAGCCUCACCCACCUUCCCUGAUCUGUCUCACACUGACUAGCUUUGGGUCCCCAUUUCAUCACUACUAGCUUCUCAUGGGCCUCCUCUUGCUUGCUGGUCUUUGGUAAGAAUUAGGGUAAUGCCCAGGCUAUACCCUGUGGAAAAUUUUUCAGGGAAAAGAAAGACUUUGCUUAUUGGUGUGUGCAUUCUUAUUUGUAUAGUAAACUACAGAUCUCACAAUGACUGGGACUGUCUUUCCAAAAUCAAAAUGGAGACAAUUCCUAGUUUCCCAGCUAGGGCUGACUGCUUGCAGAAGGCAACACAGCUCUGGUUUUAUCUGUAGAGCUUACAUGCUCAGUUUAUGGCUGUCUCAUAAGUGGGGUCUUUUUUCUUUUCUUUCUAUUCUUUUUUUUUUUUUUUGGACAGAGCCUCAGGUAUCGAAGGAAGGCUAGCCUUGGACUCCCUACAUAGCUCAGGAUGAUCUAUCUUCAGCACUCUCCUGCCUCCAGCUCUCCAGUGCUCAGAUUACAAGUGUGUACCACCAUGCCCAGCACAGCGGAUCCUUCUGAGAGUCAUUUUCUGGUCAUGCCCAAAGAAUAAACAUUUACC